AUGGUUGUGGGUGAUGAUAAGCUAAUGGGUGGUGAAGUGGUGGAAAAGGAACAAAUGAAGGCUGAUAAGGGAUGGGCAGUGGUGAAAGGCAAUGGGAAUAAGGUAGCGGUGUUCGAGAGCGAGGCAAUAGUUGAUGGAGACGACAAUGGUGGGGACUUUGCCGGCGAAUCGGCGGUAGACAGUGUCAUAGGCCUUGGAGUCGGUGGUGAGGUAGACGAAUCCGCUGCCGUGGAAGAAGACGAUGACAUGGAGAGUUUGGUUGGGAUUGGUGGGGACGAAAAGGUGGAACUAGAGGUUACUCAGAUUGGCAAUUUACGUUGUGUUCUAUUAUGUUUUGAGGCGGUGUCAGGGCUGCGGGUUAAUUUGUCAAAUUCAGAAUUGAUACAUGUAGGUGAGGUACCUCGAUUGCCGGUGUUGGCCGCUGUCUUAGGUUGUAAAGUGGUAAGGUUGCCAGUUUCUUAUUUGGGAUUGCCCUUGGGGGCUUCUUUUAAGGAGACUCGAGUGUGGGCUGGGGUGGUGGACAAAGUUCAGCGGUGUUUGGCAGGGUGGAAGCGCCAAUACUUGUCAAAAGGGGGGCGAAUUACUCUGAUCAAGAGUGUUUUGCCCAGCAUUUUGAUGUACUUUAUGUCUGUGCAUGUGAUUCUUGUGGGGGUGGCAAAGCGGUUAGAGAAGUUGCAACAUGACUUUUUGUGGAGUGGGGGUGCAGAGGGUUUUCAUUAUCAUUUGGUGGCUUGGGAGAGGGUUUGUACUUUGAAGGAGCGAAGGGGGUUUUGGGUGUGCGGAAAUUGGUGGUGUUUAAUCAAGGCUUCAUUGGGUAAGUGGUUAUGGUGUUUUGUGGAGGAACAGGAGAGGUUGUGGAGGAACAUGAGAGGUUAUGGAGGAGCAGGGGAUAGGGUACGGUUUAAAUAUGGAGAGGAGGGUGGUUGUGGUGGCUAA